AUGGGCAUGGAGUGCUGCAAUCCAUGCCAGACCCCAAUGGAAAACAGGCUGAAGCUCUCCAAGAAUGACGACAGCGACGCCGUCGACCCCACGGAGUACAGGAGCAUUGUCGGGAGCCUGCGUUAUCUGGUGAAUACGCGUCCCGACAUUGGCUUCGCUGUUGGCCUGGUGAGCCGGUACAUGGAGGCGCCAACGUCGCAGCACAUGGCGGCCGUCAAGCACAUCAUCAGGUACGUGAGCGGCACGACUAGCCAUGGCUGUCGCUACGAGAGGAACGGAUCGUCGGCGCUCAAGCUGGUGGGCUACACCGACAGUGACCACGCCGGCAACGAAGAUGAUCGCAAGAACACGACUGGCAUGGUGUUCUUCCUCGGCUCCAGCUGCGUGACCUGGGCGUCACAAAAGCAGAAGACUGUUGCUCUUUCGUCCUGUGAGGCGGAAUACAUCGUGGCAGCAACGGGUGCUUGUCAGGGAGUCUGGCUAAGCAGGCUGAUCGGAGAACUCAGCGAAGGGCGCUGA